UUGCCGUCUAGGCUUUUUGAGUGUGUGUGUGUGUGGGUAUGUGUGUGUUUUUGGCUUUAGCUGAAUUUCUGUAUAAAUUGAUGAUGCCGCUGCAUUGGUUCGUCAGUGAAGCAUUUGAUUUGGUCUAAUAAACAACAGUGAGAGCAAAGCAAUCCUAAAGGAUAUAUAUAUAAAACGUGAGGCAGCUUGAACUGUGGAAUCCAAAUCUGAGUCCCUAAUAUAUAACCAAAAUUUGUUUUGUUUCGUACCCACACACAGACCUAGGAUUACUGUGAUAGUGCAAAAGUGUGCAAGUGUUUCCCAGAUCGAUUCCCGAAAAUUCCGUUUAUUUGAUCAACGCGUCCUCAAAAACCCGUGACCAAGCAGCCAUGAAAGCCUUCAUCUUAAUGUCCUGUCUGGCCCUAGCUGCCGCUCGUCCUGAGGCCGGCUACAAUUAUAAUCGCCCAGGUGGUGGCGGCGGCUUCGGAGGUGGCUCCAGUGGAAUUGGUGGCGGCUUCGGAGGUGGACACGGCGGCGGCGGCGGCGGUGGUGGUGGCGGAAGCGGUGGAUUUGGCGGUGGCUUUAGCACCUCAAGCAGCUCAUCCAGCUUCGCCACUGGAGGUGGCGGCGGUGGUGGAUUCGGAGGCGGUUUCGGCGGUGGAUCCAGUGGUGGAUUCGGAGGCGGUGGCAGCAUCGGAGGUGGUUUCGGAGGCGGCGGUGGUGGUGGCACCACUCUAGUGCAAAAGCACAUCUAUGUGCAUGUCCCACCACCAGAGCAAGAGGAAAUCCGUCAGCGUCCCAACUUGCCAGUUGGUCAGUCUCAGAAGCAUUACAAGAUCAUCUUCAUUAAGGCUCCAUCGCCACCCUCGUACCAGGCUCCAGUUAUCCCUCUGCAGCCCCAGAACGAGGAAAAGACCCUGGUCUAUGUGUUGGUCAAGAAGCCCGAGGAUCAGCAAGAUAUUGUCAUUCCAACACCAGCUCCUACUCAGCCUUCGAAACCAGAGGUUUACUUCAUCAAAUACAAGACCCAAAAGGAAGCUGGAGGCAUUGGAGGAGGCAACAGUGGAUUCACCCAGACCAACACUGGCAACGGCUACUCGACUGGUGGUGGUGGUGAUGGUGGCUAUUCAACUGGCGGUGGUGAUAGCGGUUCUAUCUCGGCUCCAUCCAGCAACUACGGCCCACCUGGCAAGUCUGGCCCAUACUAAGGCGCUUCCUCAUCACCAUCAUCAGCAGAAACAUCAUCAACACCAUCAACAUUAACAACAUCUCAGCAUCAGCACCACCAGCAUCCACACUAGUUUCAACACCAACUUCAAAAUCGGCUUAAGCUGCUGACUAGUCCUGUCUCUCAUAAAUUACAUCACACAACAAACAAAAACAAACAAACACACAUCAACAACAAGAACAACAACUGAAUGAAUUCAUUAUUGGAUCCGUCCUCGGACUGGACGACUUACCCCCAACGUGACGAUCUUUUACCACACACAAGUGUUGACUCUUCUGACACUCUAAUCUACUCAACUUUACUCUCUGCCCAAAAAAUGGGUCCCAACUCGAAAACGAUUGGCCCACAACUUUUGUAUAUAUAUAAAUAAUUUUCAAUUUUUCACGCUUUCCUUUCUGUCCGUUUCUCAAACGUCCCAUUCUAUUCCAAAUCUCUCUCACAUACAUAUAUCCCCUAAAUCCUAAAAUCCCACAAUGUUGGAAAAGAAAGCCUUGAAAUAUCUAAAUAGCUAAAAGAAGUGACAAAUG